GGGCGGGCCUUCAAAGUCUCAGAGCCUCACUGUUGCGAUCUGGUUUUUAUGUGGGAGUGUCUCCGAAUGAAACUUUCUGUUUCAUUUCCUGCGAUGGGGAGUAGCAGAGGUAAAGUACUGCUUUGUCAUUCUGGUGAUUUUCCAACAAAUGUAAAGUUGUUCUGAUUUCAUGUAGGCUAUACUGCGGCUCUGUGAAACCAUUGUAGGCCUACACCUGCAUAUAAUAACCAAACAUGAUUGCAUAAAGCAGUGCGUUUCUGCUGAGUUUGCUGUCAACCAGUGAAUUUGAGAACGUACAGCAGUCAGUAUCAUGUGUUGCCGCAUUAUGAGCAUACAUGUGAAAUGACGUCUCUUAUCUUCAAACACUCACGGGUCAUCAUGAUGAGUGAAGUGAGCACAGGGGGGUUUCCUUCCUUCCCGGACUCCCAGCAGUGAAAACCAGCAUAGAGACAGUCGGUCCACCUCUCAGACUGCGAGACAGCAUAUUUCCUCGUCAUCGCGCGGCUUUUUUGUGUGUGCAGGAAACGGAAUGAUUUUGCUGACUAGGCUAUUUACCACAGCAUGAGUUUUAGGCGACAGUCAUUAGAAAGCGAUGCCGAAAAGUUAACCUGCAUUCAUCGUUGGGUUCAUCAUCAAUGACCCGUAGUCUGUUAGAUCAGGUGAAGUUUUUUGAGAACAGCGUUGUCUUGCAUAUUUACAGAAGGUUGCAAGCUUUGAGAAAUCAUAGCCUACUAUUUAAACGGUCGGGAAUUUGUUGUGAAACUGGAAAGUGCAAUGGGGUAUUCAUUUUCAUUUAAAAAAAUCAAAUACAGAAAUGACAAGAGUAACAUGUCCCUCAGUGGGUGUGAACUGGUCUGGUAUUGGGACUUGAGGCUCCUGGCAGCAGUCUAGGCUAUUCAUUGGAAAAGAGUGUGGGAAAUUCAAAUUAAUUGAAAAGGAACCACAGGACAAUCUUGCGCUUCUGCUUAAGGUAAUUUAAAACACUAAAAUCCGACGUUAAAAUGUAGGAAUAGGCCUAUAUAGCAUAGCCUACUAUACAGUAUAAUCUUAAUCUUAUAAGAUUAAAAAUAUCUAAGCAUACAGAUAAAAGAUAUUUAUCGCAUAGGUGUCAUUUGCACCACUACAUUCUGAAAUGGCUGAUUUUGUCCCCAUCACUUUCUGAAAACACUUGUUAAAAAUGUUCUAAAAAAUAGCUUGCUCUUAUAAAUGUUAACAAACACUGUAAGUGCACUAUAAGAAAACAUGCAGUGCAAUGUAAAUAUAGAAGAAACAAAUAUGCAUUGUUCAAAAAAAUGUAAGCUAAAAAAACAAGCAGCUGAUUACUGCAUUAUAUUCUAUUAUAUAAUUUUAUAUUUAUGAAUUGUCACCUGCCAGCUGAAUUCUUUUGUUUCCCUUUAUUUAAAUAAAGACAUUUCCGCCAUUAACUGGAGCAGAAAAGGUCUCCAGAAUGCAGGAAAUUGAGUGUAUAAUGCUCCAAUUUUCCAGGGGAGGACCCCCAGACUCUAAUAUAUUUCAUCAUUUCAUAUUUCUUCAGAUAGUGAUAUUCUCGUCUUGUUCUCAUGCAAGAUCCAAGAGUAUCAUCACACCCCUAAUCCGAGCCCAUAUGUCCCCACCACUUUUCAACACAAAGAAAACCCCCAAACAAUUAGAGGGCUUUAGAAAUAUGUCAUUUAAAAAAUGGUCCACAAGUCCAACAGUAGGCCUAUAGCCUACAUAGUAGGCAAUAUGAGUAUUGCAAAGUUUUUCAUGAAUAGACAUUGGUGUGGUGACGGGGUGUGUGUGACCUGUUUUAACAAGAGAGAGAGUGAGCUGAGUGACUGGUGUCCCUAAUGAUAGUUUGGAUUUUCCCUUAUAACGCAUUGGCCAUAAUAAUAAUAAUGAUAAUUAUAAUAAUGAUGAUAAUAAAUAUCACAUUUCAUACAAGAAACGCAGGACAGGACCCCUCACUGGCAUCCUUUAAGCAACAAAGUGUUUUCCAUAUGGUCAAACCAGAAAGUGUCACAAACUGAACCUGGAUCUGUCUGAUGAUAUAACAAGUUUUUCCCGCUGUGCAACCCAGGCAGACAAAAGCACACUACAAACAUGUUAUCCCGUCGUCGUAUUUUUGAGAUUGUAUUCUCUGCUAAAUAUUUAAAGUCUGUCCAGGUGAAAAAGCUUUUCAACUGGUAAUAAAGUUAUGAACUAAAUAACUUAACUAAAAGCUGUGACAACAGUCUAAUUCAACUGUUUGUUUUUUGGGGGGGUUGCUUUGCUUUGCUUUGGAACGAAGGCUGAAUGGAACAGAAAAGAACUUGGUUAAGAGUAAUUUGUCAUGAAGAAGAAGAAGAAGAAGAUUGGGACAGGAGAAUUAGCCCAAGGAAUAGAAAGAGAGUCAGAUAUGUUGAAGAUGUUGAUUAUGAUGAGGAGGAGGAAAAAGAUGAGGAAGACAAUGAGCAGCCAGGCCCAUCCACCCAGAACAUCCACAACCAGAGAACACAAGAAAAGAGAUCUUUGCCUGUAACCUGUGGAAACAAAAAGGGCAUCCUGGAUGUAGAAAAGCUGGGCAGGGGUGAGGUGUGUAUCAAGUGUGAGGGCUGCUGGUUUUCUCCCCCUGCCUUCGAGGAGCUGGGGGGAAAAGGCUGCAGUAAAAAAUGGAAAGUUAGUAUUUUCUAUGAAAAUAAGCCUCUGCAGUUUUGGUUCGAGCAAGGUUCCUUAACUACCAAGGGAUUUAAAAGGAGAGCAACUGCGACUACACAGCAAAAGAAAAACCUGUCAUCCAAUCACACAUCAGAGAGCCCCACUAGAGAGUCAGAAAUACAGUCUGCAGAAGAAACUCAGGAAGAUGUUGGUAUAGAUGAAGACUGGCUUCCAGGCAGUGAAGAAUUGGCACUGGAAAAAGAGGAGGGAAAGGAAGAAAGAGUAGGGGCUGAAAAUGGAAGAGAGGUUGUCGACUCAGAAGUAGACAAGAGUGAAGAAGAAGAAAAUCAAAUGGAAAGGGGAAUGGAAGAUCAGGAUUUGCCUGCUGUUGCUGAUAAAGACAGAGACAACUGUGUUAAUGAAGAAAAGGAGACAGAAUUGAUGAUUUCAACAUCUGAGAAAAUUCGAGAAAGUGUAUUGCAGAAGCAAGUAAAAGUUAUCAUCCAAAGGCUUCCAGAGUUUCAGGUAAAUAGUGAUUGUGAGUCCAGCUGCAUGGGGCCUCCAGUAGUAGGCAGCUGGUGUACGCCCUGUGACAGGGAUGCACAAAAUGAGGCAGGACACAACGGGACGGCAGCAGAUGACCCUUCCACCACAGCAGCCACACACAUUGGCCCCUUGCAGAUGUCAUGCCCACCCAUCGCUGGAGGUGUUGGGAAAGAAAAUGGAGAGGAGGUCACACAAAGUAAUGAAAGGGAAAAUGUAGAACAGAGAGAAAUCAAAACGGAAGCAGGAAAUUCUCCUGCACCUGUGACAGACACAGAUUUCAUUGGUGACAUGAUAGAUGAAUGGGAGGAGAAAGAAGGAACAGGACGUUGUGGUGAGGAGGAGGAAAGAAGGAGAGGUGGGAUGGUGACUGAAACACAGAUACGAUGGACUGAAGGUUUUAAAAACGAGGAUCUAGACAUGGCAGCAUCUGAAGCUGGUGGUCAACCUCUUGCAAGUGGGCAUAUCAGCGAUGUCCCGUCAAACACGCCACCCAUACACAGCAGUAUUAAGGAAGAAAGGAUCGAGGCAAUGAGUGAUAUGCUGGUUGAGUCUGGCCACGAUGGAGUGGGAUUACAAGUGUUGAAGCUAGAGACAGGGGUUCCUCAAGAAACUCAGGGCUCAGGCAGCACACCAUCCUCCGACAUGGUGGAGGAUCCAUCCACCUCCUGGCCCUCCACUAGCUGUAAUCUAGACACAAUGGACAUUGAUCAACUGAGGCGAGAGAAGAUAAAACUGCAAAUAAAAGUCCUAAAGUUGCAAGAGGAAUACUACACUCAGAAGAUAAAGGGACAGAAACAAUGACAUUGCUUCAUUGGAGCCUGGUUGUAAAGCUGGUUUCAAUGGGACAGGGCAAUCAGAGAUCACUGAGAAUGCUGGAAAACAUGAACAACCUCUGUUCAGGGAUCACUAAGAAUGUUUACAGCUUACUUAUGUAGAAAAUAGCAGUUUGGUACUGGUAAAAAAAACCUGCCAGUUCUCAACUCCAUCAUCAUCAUACCGUCUGUAUCUGGCUCCCCCCUCUUCGGUAGGCAGAGGGAUUUACUGUACAAGCUUGAGACGACCAAAACUUACUGAACUGGAUCACUUUUUCUUUUGUGGGAAGUUUUAAAGAACUUCAGCAAUGUCUUCAUGUUUAACCAAAUGGUUUUCAGUUUGUUGUUGAGCAAUCCCAACACACCCUUAACACCCAUGCAAAAGAGAUUAUAGAGUCCAAAGUUUGCAUCUCAAAUAAAGGUCAGAAAACAGGUCAGGGCUUCUGUGGAGUUUUCCUCUAAUAAGGCUGACGUAGUAAAAAUCUUCAUUACAUGAUAAAACGUAGUGAAAAUCUUGGCUGUGGGAGAAAUAGAGUUGUUCUAGUUGUAGUGGUAUAAAUAUUUUGUCAGACAAACGGAUGUACUCUGCAGAGCACCCCAAGGAUAAGAUGUGGUUGAUGAAAACAAUCAUGGAUGACAUGUUUUGACAUGAAAAAAGAUAGGCACUCAAGUUGAAACAAUAAGCAUAAUAAUGUGUUAACUGAGUCAUGCAUUCAUGAGAAGACCUGGCUGUUCUUCUGGUUACGGUAAUGAAAGGUUCAGCGUUCCACAGCACACAUGACGAGGGCAAGUAUCAACAGACCAGAGGCCUUAGCUUUUGACGGUUUAUGAGGGGAUUUAUCAGACUGCAUGCAGUGAUGCAAAGAAACAUCCUGGAAAUGAAGCAAUAUUGAAAUAUUUUGUAAUGUACUGGCUCUUGUACUUCGCUGCAUUUUAUACCUAUUAGUACAGAUGUAAAUCUGUAAAAAUGAAAUUUAUUUUUUGACAAUCGCACAUGAAACAAACUGAAAUGGAAAGAUAAAUGUUGUGAAUCCAUCGUAUGCGAUUGUCAGACAGACUUUUUCCCUCUUGUAAGGUAAUACAUAUGUAAGAUAUACUGUGGGAAGAAGACCCCUCAGACUGGGCCAGAGGCCUAAUGGCCCCUCAUGCUCACAUUUGGUGUUCUUUAAUCUAACUUUUUGAUAUAAAGAGUAUUCUUUCAAUUAA